UGAUCGAGCAGCUUCCCAUGGAUCUGCGCGACAGGUUCACCGAGAUGCGCGAGAUGGACCUGCAGGUGCAGAGAGAACAUUUUGUUUCCUGCUCAGUUUGUAACUGGCUAGAAUGUUCCAAAGUCAGCAGUCUAGAGCCCUGGGUGAGGAGUUUGAGGCAUGCUUUAAGUCACUACCACUGCUCUUAGGGACAAAAAACCUUUAGAACUUGGAGUCCUGCCUGUCCCAUGCUGGAGAGCACAAGAACCUUGAUGAGAAUCCUACCAGAAUGCAAUUCUGCUUCUUGGAAAUUAAGAUGCAAUGGAUCAGCUUGAGCAGAGGGUAAAUGAAUUUUUUAUGAAUGCAAAGAAAAACAAACCUGAAUGGAGAGAAGAACAAAUGACAUCAAUCAAAAAAGAUUAUUAUAAGGCUUUGGAAGAUGCAGAUGAAAAAGUGCAACUGGCUAAUCAAAUAUAUGAUCUGGUAGACCGUCAUUUGAGAAAAUUGGACCAGGAACUCGCUAAAUUUAAAAUGGAACUUGAAGCAGAUAAUGCUGGAAUUACAGAAAUAUUAGAGAGACGGUCUCUGGAGCUGGAUACACCAGCACAGCCUGUGAAUAACCAUCACUCCCAUUCUCACACUCCAGUAGAGAAAAGGAAACACAAUCCAUCUUCUCACCAUAGUACAACAGAUCAUGUUCCUGAAAAGAAGUUUAAAUCUGAAGCUCUUCUAUCUACCCUGACUUCAGAUGCUUCUAAAGAAAAUACACCAGGGUGUCGAAACAGUAAUUCAUCAUCCUCUUCAAACAAUGCAUACAAUACAAACUCUUCUCAACCAUUGGCAUCAUAUAACCUGGGCUCAUUAUCUUCAGGAUCCGGGGCCGGUGCAAUUACCAUGGCAGCAGCUCAAGCAGUGCAAGCCACGGCACAGAUGAAGGAGGGAAGACGAACAUCCAGUCUAAAAGCCAGCUAUGAAGCAUUUAAGAACAAUGAUUUUCAGCUUGGAAGAGAAUUUUCAUUGUCCAGAGAUUCAGCUGGAUAUUCGUCAUCAGCUCUGGCAUCUACAUUAACUCAGACGUUAAGUUCGUCAACCACAGAUUCACGAAGUGGCAGAAAAAGCAAAAACAACAACAAAUCCUCAAGUCAGCAGUCCUCAUCAUCAUCUUCUUCUUCCUCUCUAUCAUCAUGUUCUUCUUCAUCUGCACUGGCACAGGAACUGUCUCAGCAAACAGCAGUAAUACCAGAGUCUGAUUCUAAUAGCCAGGUUGAUUGGACCUAUGAUCCAAAUGAGCCACGUUACUGUAUUUGUAAUCAGGUGUCCUAUGGUGAGAUGGUAGGCUGUGAUAACCAAGAUUGCCCUAUUGAGUGGUUCCAUUAUGGAUGUGUUGGACUGACAGAAGCACCAAAAGGGAAAUGGUACUGUCCACAGUGUACAGCUGCAAUGAAGAGAAGAGGCAGUAGACAUAAAUAAGUUUCUUCAUCUGGAAAACAAAUUGCAUACUAAAGGUUUUAUAAAGGACUUGGGAGGAGAGGGGCAGCUCUCACCACACUUCCUUGUAACCACUGAAGGGUAACAUAGCAAUCAUAGAAUGGUAUGGUUGGAAAGGACCGUAAAGAUUGUCUGGUUCCAGCCCCCAGUCAUGAGAUCUUGAACUAUUGGUUUUGCUAAGUUGUGUUUUAAUAUUGUAGGUAAAUUAUUUACGCACCUUGAUGUGCUACAGAUACUACCCCAGUGAGCCUUGGAUUGUGCCAGUGGCCAACAUAUGCAGACAUUUGUACUACCAAACCAUUUUCUCUAAGCAGUGGGCAUUCUACAAUUACUCAAUCUUCCAAAAACUCUGAUAAGUCAAGAUUUUAAAUGUAUGUUUUAUAUACAACAGGUAUAUUCUGCUGCAUGUACUGUACUCAAGAGCUGUUAUGUAACACUAUGUAUAUUAAUAGUGCAAAAAGUCAGUGCUUCUGAAAGGAAAAACAGACAGUGGUUUUUAAAAUGCCUUUAUAGCUUUGGUUCUUUAUGAAACUUAAUUCAGCAGGCUGAAGAAAAUGGUUCUUGUAUACAGCGGGCUGUCAUCCUUUAGGGUACUUGAGUAUGUAAAAACAAAAAAAAUGCUGUAGAAUAAAACAAACUUGUGCCAUUAGUCUUUAUAUGUUUCUGCUCCAGAGAAGGCAGGGGCCAUAAGAAGAAAAAAAGGUGUUAAAGUGAUGAUAAAUUUUUAUACCAAAUGUGUUUAUUUUUUUGUGCAAGUAAUCCUUUAAAUCUGAAUUGUAUUAGGUGUAAAAUAAAAGAAUCUCAACUCCUCA